AUGACAGACUCUCCAAACAGGAGGUUGUCUAGUUCAAUUCCAGUGAGAAGUUCUUCUCGCCCCAUUAUGGAUAUUCCAAGGCGUGCAUCCAUGGCAAGACUCAUUUCUCCUACUUCGAGUCUUGCACGCACACAGGGCUCAAAUCACUUCAUGCUUCCACAUAGAAAACAUCAGGGAUCGAACACACCUCCGGAUAUGAGUGAGAGCGUUCCGAUUUCAGGCUCAUUUGCAUCUCGAAUGACACCUAGAGUGGGUAGUUUCGCAAAUCACAGAGCAGAAUCCAUUGCCUUGGAAUCGGACGAUGAAGCAUCAACAAGUGCUUCAUCUUCUCAUUUACCCCCAGCACAGGUAUCUUCAUCAUUUGGCUCCGUUCUAGAUGAUGCCACUAUCUUGAAGAACGUUGGUAAACAUCUUGCGACAGACUCGGAGCACUCUCUCCAGCUACAAGGAGGUGACAUAACCAGAGAUCUAUACAAUCUGAGUAAUAAAGGCCAGCAAAUCAAGCGAACGAGAAGUUUAUCUGGCUCUGAUGUUUUGGGAGAAAGAAGAGGCUCAUCUGCCUCAGUUCUGCGAGUUCCUGGUGCCUUCCGUAGAGAAUUUAUAAACCAAAAGCGGACAAAAUUUGGAUACACUCUAAAUAAACCAACUGGACUCACGAGGAACUUUCUGGAGUUUCUAUCUGUUUAUGGCCAUUUUGCGGGUGAGGAUCUAGAGGAUGAAGAUUUCUUGGCCUGUGAUUAUGCCUCUGACUAUAAGCAUGAUGAGGAAAAUCCACUUCUUGAAGAAGCUUCUGUUAACAGUUACACGAUUCCAACACAACGACACCAAUUUCAACCUAAACUCCGCAAAAAGGGAAAGGCUUCCACGAUGAAAUCCUUCUUUCUUCUUUUCAAAUCAUUUGUCGGCACAGGUGUGCUUUUCUUACCGAAGGCUUUUUCUAACGGAGGUCUUCUUUUGUCGAUAGGGCUUCUGCUGUUCUUUGCCACACUCUCCUUCUUUUGCUACCUCAUAUUGGUUCAGGCCAAGGAAAAGACAGGUGUUUCAUCCUUUGGUGACAUUGGAGGAAUAUUAUAUGGCAAGUAUGCAAAAUUCUUUAUUCUCGCCUCCAUCGUGCUUUCCCAGCUUGGAUUUGUGGCCACGUACAUUGUAUUCACAGCCGAAAAUCUUCAUGCCUUCUUUGAAAACGCUUUUUCUCUUCAUGUGGCCGUUGGUCUCAUUGUUGUGCUUGAGUCGAUUUUUUUCAUUCCAAUGUCGCUCGUGAGGAAUAUCACUAAGCUUUCACUGGCUGCUCUUUUGGCAAACGUGUUUAUUCUCAUUGGAAUAUUUACCAUCGUCUAUUAUACGGCCACCGAUCUUAUAAAGCAUGGCCCUGCCCCAGAUAUCAGCAUUUUCAGCAAUGAUAAAUGGAGUUUAUUCAUUGGUGUGGCCAUAUUUGCAUUUGAAGGCAUCGGUCUAAUUAUUCCAGUGGAGGAGGCCAUGGCAAAACCGCAGGAUUUUCCAAAGGUCUUGUUUGCUGUUGUUGCUGCAUGUGCCGUUUUAUUCAUUGGUAUUGGUGCCAUUGGAUACUUGACGUAUGGAAAUGAUGUGAAAACAGUCAUCAUAUUAAGUUUGCCUCAGGACUCGCCAUACGUGAUUAUGAUUCAGCUCUUUUAUCCGGUUGCAAUCAUGUUUUCUGUUCCUCUUCAACUUCUUCCAGCUGUUAGGAUCAUGGAGAAGAAGAUAUUUAAGAAGCGCUCUGGCAAGUCUAAUCCUGUGGUGAAAUGGGAGAAAAAUACAUUUAGGAUCUUUUUUGUCAUGUUGACCACAUUAAUUGCAUUUUACGGAUCCACAAAUCUUGACCAGUUCGUCUCAUUUGUGGGAUGCUUUGCUUGUAUCCCAUUGGUUUAUAUGUAUCCACCCAUGCUUCAUUAUCGAGCAUGUGCUAAAUCGAACUUUUCAAAGGGCCUCGACUUGAGUAUCACAUUGUUGGGUUCGAUAGCUCUUUGCUACACUAUAUACCAAAUAAUUAAAGGAUGA